UUCUAUAUCUUUUUUUCUCAAUCACGUGCCUCAACAAACCAGCCAAUCACAGCCCUUCUAAACCAACCUUCGUCCUUUUUUCGCUCCAAAACAUCGACGAAAAAGACGACGAAGAGACCAACAACGUCGACAAAAGGCCACUCAAGCCCUGCCGCAGCCACAUUAGCUCCCGAGAUACACAUCUCAUCUCUUCGGAGCGGACAGAUCAACCCCGUCCCAGCAUCUCCCUGCACCGCUGCAUAUCGCUCUUCCCACCGCUACAAUGGGUAUCGCCGACAUGUUCGUUGAGUUCGUGAGCUCGCUGAGCUUCGGAGAAGUCGUUGAGGCCGAAGCCCCCCCGGCCGAGGAGGUCGAGGACUCGUCUUCUGCCGGUGAAGAUACGCCUGACGAGGACAAGUCGGAGGAUGCCGAGGAAGAGGCCGAGGAGGAGGAGGAAGAGGAGGAAGAGGAGCCAGAGGAUAUCAUGCCCAAGUUGGUAGAGGGUGAGUGUGGCCCGUCCCUGUUUGUUCCUGGGGUAUUUCGCUUUCUGGAGGGCGGAAGGUGGUCGUAUCAAGCGGUUGCUAUGGCCAAUUGAUGGAUUGGUGUGGUCAAUUGGACAAUUGGCACCGUAUAUUAUAUAUGCCUUUGCCGAAGUCGAUAUCGAUUGCGUUCAGCAGCAAGUAACUAACCAAUUGCUUUGAUAGAAUGCUCAAACUCCAAGGCCUGCGCACCUGCUAAGCACCAUUUCGACGACUGCGUUGAGCGUGUCACUCGCAACUCCGAAGAUCCCGAGUUCAAGGGCCCCCACGAGGACUGCGUUGAAGAAUUCUUCCACCUCCAGCACUGCGCUACCCAGUGCGCUGCUCCCAAGCUCUGGCGCGAAUUGAAAUAGAUCUGAUGUCCUUUCGUCUCUCUUACACCCCCCCUCCAUCGCCCCGGUUUCGUCCGUGUCAUUAGAACAAACAACCUGUACUAUACAUAAAACUCCAAAUCACAGUUCUGGACCCUCUGCUUGUUUCUUUGCGGAAUCGUUAGACAGAAAGGAUGGACUAGUGUGGAAUGAGGGAUGUGGGAGAGAUUAGAUGGGCUUGUAUCUGCCUGCAUAUAUGUUUCGACCGAUUGUACCUUGUACGGCUAGUUUAUUCCUUAUUUUUGGUAUUAGAUGUUGUCUACGGAUGAAAAUGAUAGAAUAUCACUCUACAUCAUGCAGCGGGUAUUUAAUACUGAACUAAAUCCAAACUAAAGCAAAACAACCAAGCAAAGAAGGGUAUAUACACCAUCAGGCAAAUUAUGUACUCACACCCUCCGGAUGAUGGCCUCCUCUAGACUGCCAACACGCUGACACUCGGCUUCAAGCCU